AUGGCGACGAAUUUAGUGUCACCGAAGAAAGUUGCUUCGAUAACGGAGAGAGUAUGGCAGAGUGUUUACGGGAAUUCUUCUUCGAGCAGCAGCGGCGGCGACAGCGACAGCAACCAUCAGAGGAGGUGUUCUUACGAGAGCGAUGAUGAUGAGUACGAGGAGUAUGAUGGGGUUGGGACCGUACAGUUGAUGCAGAUGGGAUCUGAAAGAACCAAGAAUGUGCUGAUUCUGAUGAGUGAUACUGGCGGUGGUCAUCGGGCUUCGGCUGAGGCUAUCAGGGACGCCUUCAGUAUUGAAUUUGGUGAUGAAUAUAGGAUAAUUGUGAAAGAUGUGUGGAAAGAAUACACUGGGUGGCCAUUGAAUGACAUGGAGAGGUCCUACAAGUUCAUGGUGAAACAUGUACAGCUCUGGAAAGUUGCCUUUCAUAGUACCUCUCCUAGAUGGAUACAUAGCUGCUACCUUGCUGCCAUUGCUGCUUAUUAUGCCAAGGAGGUAGAGGCAGGCCUAAUGGAGUACAAACCAGACAUUAUCAUUAGUGUUCAUCCAUUAAUGCAACACAUUCCACUCUGGGUUCUUAAAUGGCAAGGCCUUCAAAAGAAAGUAGUUUUUGUCACUGUUAUUACAGAUCUGAACUCUUGUCACCCUAAAUGGUUCCAUCCAGGGGUUAAUAGAUGUUAUUGCCCUUCAAAUGAGGUAGCCAAGAGAGCAUUAUAUGAUGGUCUUGAAGAGUCACAGGUUCGGGUUUUCGGCUUGCCAAUUUGGCCUUCUUUCGCAGGAGCUGUUCUUUCCAAGGAUGACUUGAGAAAAGAGCUUGAAAUGGAUACUGAUUUGCCUGCUGUUCUACUAAUGGGAGGAGGUGAAGGAGUGGGACCUGUUAAGGAAACAGCAAAGGCUCUUGGUGAAUCAUUGUAUGAUAAAGAUCAAGAGAAACCGAUAGGACAAUUGAUCGUCAUAUGCGGCCGGAACAAAGGCCUUGCCUCGACAUUGGAAUCGAAGGAAUGGAAGAUCCCGGUGAAGGUAAGAGGGUUUGAGACACAAAUGGAGAAAUGGAUGGGAGCUUGUGACUGCAUAAUCACAAAAGCGGGUCCCGGUACCAUUGCAGAGGCUUUGAUUACAGGGCUGCCUAUUGUUCUCAAUGACUACAUUCCAGGACAGGAAAAGGGGAAUGUACCAUAUGUAGUCGACAACGGAGCUGGGGUUUUCACCCGAAGUUCGUCGGAAACAGCUAGAAUUGUGGCCGAAUGGUUCAGUACAAAGACAGAUGAGCUGAAGAGGAUGUCGGAGAAUGCUCUAAAACUAGCACAACCAGAGGCUGUAUUUGAUAUUGUAAAGGACAUCCAUGAGCUAGCCUUGCAAAGAGGGCCUCUUGCCAAUAUUCCUUAUGUCUUGACAUCAUCAUUCACAAGCCUUAUUUAAUACUUAUAUGUAUAGAACAUCUAAAUAUCUUCGACCAAGAUCUGUGUAGCUAAGCUGUACUGUUAUAGCAUCAUUCUUUGGCCUCAGGUUUGUCACCAUGAAAGAGCUGCAAAGUUUUUAAAAAACAAACUCUGGGGGUUCGUUAGAUUAAUGUCAAAGUUGAAUUGUUGUAAGCUGUUAUGUUGCAAUGUUACAUGUUUUUUUGUUUUCUUUUCUACAUGAAAAUGGCAUUCUCUGCUCAAAUUUGUGAUCUGUUUGGAAUGAAAUUUGUUCUAAGCUUGCUUUUA